AUGGGAGUCUCCCCUAUUCCAACAAAUAUGUUUCAGGCAGAGUUUAUGCACUUAAAGCAACAACAAUGUAUAAUUGAUGUUCUGGAACAGAUGGAAGACAAUGGUUUGUGUCCAGAUGCAGAAACCGACGCUAUGGUCCUUAACAUUUUUGGCCGCCAUGGAUUCCCGACGAAGAAACUUAGAAGAAUGACUUACUGGAUUCCAAAAUUUAAGAACCUUUCUCCAUGGGCACUCCCAGAAAAGAUCCCCACUUCUAAUCUUGAAGUAGCAAAACUUGCUGUCCAGAGAAUGGGUAGUUUUGAUCUACCACAGACAGAGAUGGAAAUUUUUCAAACAAGUGAGUUGAGAGACGCCAUCGACGAUACUUGGAUUGUUAGUGGUCAGAGCGCUACACAAAGGAAACUUUUGGCAAAACUCCAAGAAAAGAAAACAGUCUUUGUUGAAGGAGCGUUCACAAUAUGGUUAAGAAGAACUAGUAUAAAUUACUUUAUUUUACGUUCUGACCCUGAACCCCUAUCAGAAGAAGACCAGAAGCAAAGAGCUCAAUUUGACUAUGAUGGUGUGUUCAAGAUGCAUCAUCAUUCUUCAACCCCUUUCCAUUAACCACCGCUCUUUCGGGUAACAGAUGGCGUAAGGAACGGCGACGGGUGAGCAGUAGGACUCAAGCGGGGGAAAGGAAUUAUCAAGGGCAGUGACAAACCAAGAUCCGACGGAAAA